AUGUCUCGGGCAAUCGCCGUAUAUAAACGUAUGUGCUACAUCCCAACAGAAACUCGAGAAGUCUUAAACGGAGAAGAAGUAACCUUCACCUGGGCUUGCUUCAAGAGCCUUUUAUUCACCGCCGGAAGUCAACUACAUCGGUCUUCAGCACCUUUGAUGUCUUCGUCAUUCAAAAUAUGCCAGCAGCUCCAAUAUAGGAUCAGAACAUCCGAUCUCCGUACUCCAGGACUUUCAAGUGAUAUGAGCUGGUUGUUCGAGCCUUCUAAGCCUAUUUUCGUAGGAGAAAGGGCUGUUUGGGAGGCGCAAGAUCUUAUUGACCAAAGCAAUACAACUUACUACAUCACAGAAGUGAACUCAGCGAAUACAGACGACCCUCGAAACCUCUCCUAUGCUACCUGCACCGAACUACUACAAGCUCAUAUGACAAAGUCACAAGAGAUCCUUCAAGAGAGAAUAGCAACAUUUAGCGAGAUGGAUGCACUGACAAUCUGGGAGAACCAAGCUUUGGAGGACUGUGUCAUCGAACGCAGCUACUACCUAACACACUGGCUUGGGGAUAACUUGAGAGGUUUGAUGAACGAGAGGGAUUACGAACAAGGACCAUCACAGUUCUCUGAUCCGAGUUUGGCAGACCUAGGGCAGCUCUUUACGACAAACGAAUAUCGACAGUGCAAAAACGACUAUACUUUUCAGACUGCUCUUGGCGACCUACAAAUGAUCAUUCUUCGUUCAUCCUCUGCGGUCUAUGAGAAUAUGUUUCCGCCAGCCGGGCAUGGUAUACAGCAGGUAGAGAAAUGGAGAGCUAGGUCCAAUUGGUCUGGAUCACCUUAUCAUGUUUACAAGGAACCACAUUUUAUAGCCAUGGAGACGACCACAAGUGUUUGA